UGUGAAUUCUGGUGCCAGUGCGAGAAUUUAUUGCUGUUCCUCGUGUGCGUUUCUAGACCUCGGAACUGAUUUUUUUUUUAAACUGAACCCCAGAAUGGCAAGCGACCAGCAACAAACAGCACCAUCAGAGUUGUAAUAGAUGAGGUUAACACUUUAAUAGAGCUUACAGGGGAACGGAGAGAGAGAGAGAGAGGAACGAUGUUCAGUGAAUUCCAAUGUGGAGCAAGCGAUGCCGAGCGAAGAAGAGAAUUGUUGUGACCUGUAAACGUGGCGUUUUGCUAGAACACGAGUGUGGGUGAGACGAAAGAGUCUACCAGACGGAGAGACCUCAUCUGCGUGGAGGAAUCGAUUAAGUUGGACGGGAACAGUAACCGCGGUAGUAGCGAUCAAGGGGUAAUUCGGACUCCCGGAUUUGUUUGGUGCUGGGAAUCGCGGCGGUGUGUGGAGCUGCUUUGCUGUAUCCGCGCUUGGAGUUUCUCACUCUGCCAUGGACAUUGGCAGGAGCCGGAAAGAUUUAUCAAGUGUUGAGUUUGACACCAGGACCAAGGCAGUGAUGGCUCGGUCCGGCGGACAUGAGAAUAUACGGGAAAAGAUAAAUGCGGUGCGCUUGGUAGUUAAUAACAAGAGCAACAACGAAAUCGUUCUGGUUCUGCAACAAUUUGACUUCAGUGUGGACAAAACUGUUCAAGCAUUUGUUGACGGGCGUGCAAAUGAGGUGCUAAAUGAAUGGAACACCACUGGAAAAAAGAAGCCCAACGCUAAGAAGAAGAAGGGAAGAGGGAAGGGCGCGAGCGAGGCUGCACGGGAAGAAGUGGAACCAGAGCCCGUGCCGCAGGAAGAGCGCGAUGGAGAAAACGGUGAUGAAAUGGUGGUGAUGGCCAGCGAAGUGGCGGUGGUCGCUGAUGAAUUGGUGGCGGUUGCUGGCGAGGUGGCGGUAGUUGCUGGCAGUACUGCGGCGAUUGCUGAUGGUGCGGCAGUGAUGGUGGUUGAUGGCGGUGUUGGUGCUCAUAACGGCGAUGGCACAGAGGGCCUUGCUGAAAAUAUGGACGAAAUUUUGAUGCUCGACAAAGAGGGCUGUGCGGACUCAAGGCCAAGAUCACUGGACAUCACACAUGCAGGUGCUGUUGAGAGCGCACACGAUGAGCCACACGAGACGUCGGAAGAUGUUUCUCAGCCUAAACCAAGCACUGGACGGACCCCCCCGAAGCAGACGGGGCAGAGUACAGUACAACACGGAGGGCGGCAUCGCGGCCCCCGCGCUGCACAGCGAAAUGCCAACACCGCACCCAAUCCACAGCCUGCUAUGUUUCCUGAAGAACCUUUCUCACAUCCUACAUCCAACAGCAAGAAACCAGGGCCCAACAUUGAGAAGUCUGUGAAGGAUCUUCAGAGGUGCACGGCAUCCCUAACACGUUAUCGUCUGCUGCUGAAGGAAGAGAUGGAUACAUCUGUGAAGAAGAUCAAAUCGUCUUUUUACGAGCUUCAACAAUGCCUGAUGGAUCGGGAAGUCUCUCUCCUGUCAGACAUUGACAAGGUGAAAGAAGAAGCAAUAAGAUUGUUGAAGGCCAGGCAGGAGAAGGCGGGAGACCUGAAACGACGCACGGAUAACUCUGUGCGCAUGUCGGAGGCUCAGCUUGCAAGCCUCAGAGCCGACAUAAAGCAAUUUGUCAGCGAGAGGAAGUACGAUGAAGAGUUGAGCAAGACCCUUCGAUUUGUAUGCGACUGUGAAAGCAUGAAGCUGGCUCUUCAAACCUUUGGCGAAGUGGGUCCGCCAAAGAACAGCGUUGCGUCUAAGCCCAGGAGUGACUCUGUGUCCUCGCAGUCCAGUGUAACUCCCGUGACCACCCCAAGUGAUGUUUCUGCCCCAGUAAUGCCGCUACUUAGUCUGCCCCUGGGUAGUAGACCCCAUGCCUCUCGGCCAGCGACCGGAAACGAUGGCUCCGUCACGACACAAGGGGCUGCCCAGUCCACUGAUAGGAAGCCUGGCUCUGCACCUCCCUUCCAGGAGCCCAAUGGAUCUCAAUAUGGUGGUCGGGGAGGGAGGACAUCUCAAUCCAGCAGAGGGUUUAGACGGAAUGCAAGAAACGUUCCCCCAAGGCAGGACGGCUUGCCUGGCUCCGGCUACCAAAGAAAUCCGCCAAGAGACCGGCCCAGAAGCCAAGGUCAGAUGAAGCCCGAGUCCCAAACGAGCACUGCCACUGAGGGCAAGCCACAGAAUGGGCCUGGUGAGCCGCAGCGUGCCCUGGACGGCAACCAGCACACGAAACGAACUGAAGAAAUUCGCCCUAAGGUGACCGAGGGUCACCGGGGAAAACACUCAGAAGAAAGACACAAGAGAGCAGAUGGCUCGGCUGAAGAGCAGCUCCAAGUGAGGCCGUCUGAAGUGGCACUGCCGCCUCGCAAGCCAAGACACAGGCCCGAGGCGGGCAGCUCGACCAGAGCGCCGCUCCGUGAUGGAUGCGGAGGCGGCAGCCUGCAGCAGAAUGGGGUGGCGGCUCCCGAGGUGACAGACAGACGUGCAGGUUAUAGCGAUGAAUGGGGUUGCUAGGUCGCCUCGAGUGGCAAGUGUUAUUGUUUUACACGUGUCGGUCAGAUACUUUGAUGUUCCUUACGGAUUUUUGUGAAAAAACAAAUGAAACAUGAGAGAGUUCUCUGGGCUUUAAUUUGCAUUCCAAAAGUGGCUCACAGUCAUUUACUUAUUACAGUAGUAUUAGUACCUUGAGUAAAAAGAGAACUAUAUAUAAAAGGAAGCUUAAAACAAUGGGAGGAUAAUAACGAAUCCUAUGCAUAAACAAUGUGCCUUGUAAUGUUUGUUUAUAAUAUGUAGCGAUGUUGAAAAUGGAACGUAAGAACCAAAGGUAGCAGUGUAUAGUGCCAUUGUUUAGUUAUUACUGGUGAUGCUGUUGGUGUUGGCUCCUGACGUUCCUUAAACAGAAGUAAGGUUUUGGCUGCAAGUGUGUGACGGGGUGCGCGAUGACCACUGUGACGUGCUUCUGUCGAGCAUCGUGGCGCUGGCUGCGGUUCCACGGAAACAGCAAUUGUAAAAUUCGUUGCUUAUAAAAACUGAUGACGUUUUCUUUUUCUAAAUGUGAAAACACGAGCACUAAAUUAAGCAUGACAUCUCUUCAGUAUUGACGCUAAUCUUGUUGCAAUAAAACUGUCGGUUUAUAAGUGGUGCAACAUCUGUGUGUGCUGUAAACCUCGCUCCAGGUGAUUUGAUUUGGGCAAUGAAAUGCAUGCGCAAGUGCGAACACGCGAAGUUGACAAGGGUAUGCCUGGCGUGCUAUUUGCAUGACAAGGCCUUAUCACAAACAGAUGUGUGGGCUGCUCUGAUACGUCCAAAAAGGUGCCAUCGGUUGGCAACCUUGUGCAGAAUUGUCAUCUCGUAGUAAAGAUCACGUUCGGCACAUCGUCCAUUGGUUAUAUCUCUUUUCUACUUUGUGUUACGGUGUCAUCUUUGUCAGUAGUUAGCAGACUAGUUUUAUGAAGCCUUCGACAUUGGAGAAUUGUGGGUCCGCUCAAAAUGAAAACAAGCACUUUCUAAAAUGAACACGUGGUUUAAAAUACAAAAUCGUAUCGUGAUGUGUGGGGUACCUUCUCAUCUGUGAUGUUAAUCAUUUUGAAACGGGGACCAUUCAGGCUGGUGGUGUAAAACUGAGGGUGGGGGAGGGGUGUUGCAUGUGCCACAAAAUGGCACAGGCGUUGACAUUUAAGGACGUGCGCUGACAAAUGCGUAGCUUGCACACUUUGUCGGGAGUUACGUAGCCGAGGAGAAAUGACGGGUCUUUGGACCUGUUGUCGAAAAACCCUUGGCAAUAAAAAAAAAUCUUGACACUAUUUGUGUGCAAUUACUUUAGUCCAGUUUAAUGAUUUGUUGAGGAUGCAAAGUGAAAUAAAUUGCGUUCCAACUUUGUAGUUGACACCUUUACAUGAUUUUUAUUUUGUGGUAGGGGACUUGUUUGGUGAGUAGCCCUGGUUUAUAGUGUAACAGAUUUCAAAGUUUAGUUUUUGCCUGGUGGUUUUCCAGGUCUUAUCCUUUAUUUUAUUCCACUAAGAUGUUAACAUUUAAAUUAGAAUCGCAUGUAACAACAUAGGAUCUGUUUACAUUUUAUUGUUUUUUUGAUUGCGUACAUGACGUAGCAGAAUUUUCCAAUUACAUUACUGUUUUGUGUGCUGCUGUACGUCUUUACAGUAUCUUCAUUGCUUCGUUCUUUUAUUCAUUAAUUCUCUUGAUGAUGGCCGAUCGUUUACUUUAAUCCUUAGCAAAAGGUGAUGUAGUCCUUGUUUGGAUCUGAAGCUAAUCUUUGAUGGUAGCAAAAAGAGGCAACGUUAAGGUACUGUUUAUUACCUGGGAACGUACUAUCUUGUACUUUUUAUUGACCGGUGUUGGUGUUCUCGGCCUUGCAUGGUUAUGGUAGAAUAAAUGACUUAACGAAUUAUGA